UCACCACCGCUGCACGUCGCAGCAGCAGCCAUUGCACGCACCAUGGCUACUUCUGCCCGAGGACCGCCAGGCACCGUUGCCAGCGAGGGCAUUCCAAACAGAACCCUCUACGUGCGCAAUCUGCCCGACAAGCUCCAGAAGGAUGACCUCAAACGCAGCCUGUACAUGCUCUUCGCCACAUAUGGAGUUAUCCUCGAAAUUGUUGCCCUCAAGACCAUGAAGAUGCGCGGCCAGGCCCAUGUCGUCUUCCGCGACGUCGACGCUUCGACACAGGCGAUGCGUGCUCUACAAGGCUUCACAUUUUUUGGAAAAGACAUGCAAAUUGCAUACGCAAAGACAAAGUCAGAUACCGUGGCCAAGCUUGACGGAACCUACAAGAUGCCCGAGCCAGAACGCGCAGAUGACGAACAGCAGGCGCCUGCACAGACAUCAGGCUUUGGCGCUGCACCAGAAAAGGCAGUACCAGUUAACGCACAAGAUGCGGCCAAGGGCCAGAAGCGAGCAAGGGAGGACGAGGAAGAGGAAGAGAACUCGGAUGCCGAAAUGGAGAUGGACGUGAGCGAUGAGGACUCGGACUAGAAGGACAACACAGUGCCUAUAGAAGGAUAUGAUACCCACAAGCAAUGAAACAGAAAUCCCGGCGGGAUGGCAUAAGGACAAGAUUUCAUCUGCAUAUGGUGGCUUCGAGUUUGUACGACACCGGGCUGGAGCUAGCUUUAGUCGGUGCUGACUUGAUGUAGAGGAACAUUAUUACAAAAGACCAAACUAACCUACGAGCCUGUAGACAGCCGACAAGGGUCAUGCCUCGCACCGAGCAGACGAGCAGUUUGGGCUUUGGCGCGUAGAAGUUGGGGUCAAUAUGAGACAUUAUUAGGUCUGACCGCCCGCCAAUAGUUCUUUUCGUAGCAAUCAUUUUGUCUCGCAGGCUCUUUCUUGAACCGCGGUAUGAUGGUGG